AUGAUCUCAAAUGAUCUGACUUAUGAUUGGACUCCGAGUCCAACCGGUCGUGAAUUCCCCAUCCGAGGCUUGUCGGCCUUGGAGCUGUCUGCCAUUGAUGCCGUCUUGUUCCACCACCCGUCAGCCAGAGUGGUUCUGCUGUUGGUGGGGGUGCAGGCUGAGGUUGGACAUAUCCUGGAUCCGUAUUGGAAGGAUGGUUACUGCGUGGUUCUCUUCCCCUUGAGAAUCGACUUGGUGAUGACGUUGGUCUAUCGGGUCGUCUCACCCAUGGAGAGGUAUGGCCUUUCAGACCACGCACUACAGGAGCUGCUGGGGCGCGUGGGGGUCGAGCCAGGGCAAGGUUUGGCCUUCUCAGUCAAUGCGGGGUUGCUGGCUUUGCAGCUGCUCUUUGGCGGCGUCAGCCUCAGCAUGGACAUGCUUUUGCUGAAUGCCUUCGAUUCGUGGCUCCCGGCACCCUUGUCCUUGACACGUGCAGCUGUCUUCCUGGAGAGGACCUUGGAGCCAGACGUGGCUCCUCCUCCGGACGUCCUUGAAGAGGAGGACUUUGACAAGUCUUGGACGCCUCGUUCGCACACCGAUCGCGGCGACAGCCUCACCACGGUGAUUGCCUCCUAUGCAGCUCCACGGUCUCUCCCCAAAGGCUGUGACUUCGGAAAGCAGGCCAUGCAACUCUGGAUUGCUAGCUACGCGCAGACGGGUGCAAUUCAGGCAUUGGACCCUAUUGUGACCAGACUGUUCAAGACUUACGUCCGCUCACGGGUGACUCCACCGACUGAUGACAGCUGCGAAGUGGUGCUUUUGCCUGGCUGGGCGUUGGCUGAGCCCCACUUCCCCGAUGGCUUCCGCUACUAUGGCCGCCGCGGCUCCGAGGAUGAACUGGAGGACCGGCCCCACUACCACAGCCAGCUCUACUCCGCCCGCGCCCACAAGGAGCGUGCCGAUUGGUCGCUGAUCCGGUCCCUGAAGAUGUUCUUGCCGCUGGAUUAUGGGCCCCCCUCGGCCCGGAAUGUGCUGCCGCGCAGCAUCGUCGACCUCACGCGGCGGAUGCUCUCCCUGCGCUUGGGCCCCUUCGAUGUGGGGCCUAUGCGAUUUGGUGUGGCGGAGGGAGGUGUCUCAGGGCGACGCUGGCGGGCGCCCGUGGACUCGUUGGAUGCCUUGCAGAACUCGAUGAUUGAGAGCUUCGACCUUGGGAAGCCGAAGUUGUUGCCACGGGAGGCCGCUCUCCCUGGCGAGGUAGGGGGCUAUCGCACCUUCCGCGAUGUCCGUGUGGUUGGCCCCUCCAGCUGUGGUGCGCGAACUGUGAAGGUGACCAUUGAGGGGCCGACGAUCCGGUUCUUUUGCCGAAGGGCUGCACGCGUCGAGGGGGGUGCAGGAGACUCGGAUGCCCCGGAACGAGGGGCAUGUCGGCAGGCCCUGUCUGUGGACAAGGCGAGCUUCAGACUCACCGGGGCGCCUGCACGAGUCAAUGCUGCUUUGUCACUCCUGGCCUUUGAUCCCCGGCCGGGCCGAUGGUCCCUGCCGGAGGGGCGGCUGAACGAGACCGAGCUGAAAGCUCAUUAUGCGAACCUGAGCUUCAGCUUGGAGGAGACUUGCUCUUCGCAGGUGAACUUGACAAUGGAAGCCUUGCUUGACGAUGUGGAGGAGCAUGUGACGGUGGCGGCCCACUCGGCGUCUCGUUGUGAUUUGCUCGAGCGCUUGGGCCUGUCCUUCCGGCUGAUCUACCGGCGCUUGCCCAUACUGGUGACCUGUGAGUGUGCUGAGGAGGCAGAGUGCCAUCAGCUGCUGCAGAGGCCGCAUCCCAGCAUCCCCGCCAUGCAGGUGGUAGACGUGCCCUUUGAUUUCGGGCUCUCGCGGGGUAAGAAGCUGCUGGUGUCCAGAGUCGAGACGGAGUUCAUCCUCGUAUUGGAUGAUGAUUUUGUGAGAUCACCACUCUCUUGCUUGGAGUGCAUGCUGUGGCACAUGAGGAGUCAGCUGCAUUCGCUCACCUUGCCAUUCGACCUUUUGGGCUUCCCGAUCCUCGAGGACGAGCGGAACUUUGGCGCCUUCCGCGGCCGGCUGCGGCCCACGAAGAACCGGCUCUUCUUGGAGCCCAUCGUGGCCGAUGCCACGGCUGAUGGCUGCACACGGGUGGGGAUCCACCCCAUGGCCUUCUUGGGGCGCACGAGGCGGCUGCAGAGCUUCAAGUUCCAGGACAACCUGCGAGUGGGAGAGCACGAGCAGUUCUUCUAUUCCAACAAGUACUUGGGCCUACAGGCUGCAGUUUGCUUCGACUCGACAUUCCCUCACUUCCGGGUGAAGAUGAAGGGGGCUUACCAAAAGCGGCGUGAACGAAUGCAAGAGCUGAUGACACAGGAGUUCAGCAAGAUUGGUUUCCCAAGCAUGAUGUACUUGCUCCAGAAAUAUGAUACUUUGAGUGGCUUAGACCAUUCCGAGUUCAUCUCGAAAGAUGUGCCUCCAUGGCAUAUUUCUGAUGAUACCUGUGGUCCUCAAGCAGAUCCUCCCGUGGAAUUCGGAAUGUUCUUCGCGGCGAUCUUUUCCUCGGCGUCGGAGCGCAGCGCUUGGUUCCGCCGGAUUUUGCGGGGCGAGGAGGAAUCGAAUGUGUGGCUGCCCAAGUUGGCCGAUGUGGCGGCGGUGAAUUGGGCCUUCCUCUUGGAUGAAAGUGCUGCAGCUGUCAGCAGCAUCAUGGAGGAGGAGUCCGAGUUUGGCGAUUUGGUCUUCGUCCCAACCACCCAGGGCCUUCGGUGGCCGAGCGCUGAGCAGCUCCGAUGGACCUUUGCAUUCUUGCAGCGCUUCCAGUUUCGCUGGCUGCUGCUGGUUGAAGAGGCCACCUUCGUGAAUGCGGGCGUGCUUUUCAACGUACUCUCCAGGGUGGAGCAGGCCUGGGAGAAUGCUGCGAGCCGCACCGUGCUGGGCGGCUGGACCGCUGCAGGGUUGUCGCCAGAGUUUGUGGUUCUGACGCAGGAUGUGCUCCAUCUCUUGGGCUCCAAGCGGCUGGUCCGCUGGUGGCGCACUUCGUUUGAGAACUAUGGGGAGGCGCUGGAGGCCUGGCUGGCGCCAUUGGCUGUGCAGCGGGAGGCGAUGCCGGGAGUCUACACAGGUCGCAGUGGCGUGUGCCCCGCGGAUGCUGCGGUGCUGAACCCUGUGGAGCCAAACGACUUGCUGCUGCUCAGCGAGGCCGCUGCGGAAGGUCAGCCCUGCGAAGUACUACAAGGCUUGCAGGCCUAG